CCCAGCGCCACAUUCGGCGAUAACGUUUCCGUGACGUUUCCACUGUGCGACCAUGCGCUUAUGCUAGCAAUGGCGAGCGGCAAAAAGAGUGUGCCACUUUCCUCUUUGGCAGAUUAUGGCGAUGAUUCUGAGCCCGACUCCGAGCCGGAAUCAGAAGAAACAGCAGGCCGUGGUGGAGGUCUGGUGUCAGCCGGCUACGGUGACGAUGACUUGAGCCGAGUGGAGGACGCUGAUGACAAGGGGUCUGGAGAUGAGGACAGCGGGGAGAGUUCUCGAAACUCGGAAAUGGACGAAUCUGACGAGGGGAGGGACGCAGAUGAUGUUAAGGAGAUUUCAGAAGCCGAAAGAAAGGACCCCAAUGAGCUAGUUGCUCUUUUCUCAGAAAAGGUGAGGAACAUGUCACCCGAUGAGAUCAGGAUCCCCCCUGAGCCCCCUGGACGCUGUUCUAGCCACUUACAGGAGAAGAUCUACAAGCUGUACGAGAGGAAGCUCCAUGGAGAUUUUGACACAAACAGCCACAUCCAGAAAAAGAAAGAGUUCAGAAAUCCAAGUAUUUAUGAGAAGCUCAUUCAGUUCUGUGGAAUAGACGAACUGGGAACUAACUACCCAAAGGACAUGUUUGAUCCUCACGGCUGGUCGGAAGACUCUUAUUAUGAAGCUUUAGCCAAAGCCCAGAAAGUGGAGAUGGACAAACUGGAGAAAGCCAAGAAAGAGCGGACCAAGAUCGAGUUUGUGACGGGCACCAAGAAGGGCACCAACCCCUCCAGCACAGCAGCUUCCACCACCAGCACCACCACCACCACAGCCACAGCAGAGGCCCAGAAGAGGAAAAGUAAGUGGGACUCGGCGGUCCCCGUGACCCUGGCCCAGCCUGCCCUCCUCACCACCACAGCAACCCUGCCAGGGGUCGUCUCCGUGACAACCACCGCCAGCGGCACCAAGACCACCGUUAUCUCCGCGGUGGGCACCAUCCUAAAGAAGGCAAAGCAAUGAACUGAAGGACUGCACAGGGAAGAGAGUGUGUGUGUGUGUGUGUGUGUGUGUCAGUGAAUGAAUGAGAGAGUGACUGAGGAGCAGCUAUAAGACCUGUGUGUGAUUCUGUGUUCAUUAUAAAUGUCAAAAGCUGGUGAGGGAGCCACAGGGAGGGUGGCUGAUCGGAUGGGCAAUGUACAUUUUUAUAAUCAACCUUCAGUCGCCCUCUGCUACACAAAGACUGCUCCAAAGACCUGCUGCCUUCGAACUCUGGGAUUGUAUCUGCACCGUUGCAUCACGGAGCCGCGUCCAGUGUGAUGAACAUACUCGCGGACCCCUCUGAAAAUUCUUCAUCAGUGACAAUUGUUUACAGACUAAGCAAAUCGUGAUGCAUGCAGAUGUCAUGUUUUAUGAAGCGGGACUUUGAACACAUCGUCUGGCUAAGUGGGAAUCAACUCUGGCCACCUCUUGCCCACAGCUCCACAAUCGGCUUCUGUUGAAGCUAUGCAUUUGUCUGACCUGCAUUUUAGUUGUCUCUUUUUAUAUGUUAGCAACAGUUGUUAGAGUGAAACUGUUGAGGUGAUAGGGAAUAAGAGCCCAUUGUUGGUUGAAUGACUAGAAAGGCCCCAAACUGUUGUUAUGGUGCAGUAUUUUCACGGCUCUUACAGCAAAUAUGAUAUGUGAUAGCUGGACAUGUGCAAUUUGUUUCAGCUUUCAUUGUUUUCUUUGUUUUUCCAAUGGUUCAUCGAAAGACAUUUUUUUUUACACUUCUACAUAUAUCACUGAUAAAUAAAUGAAUUGGAUGCUGCCUUUUCAGUAGA